AUGGGAUCAACCACUGCGAGCGUUCUCCUCCUUCUCCUCCUAACCGGAGCCCCUGCAGUCUUGGCCUUGACUUUUCAGGUUGGUGAUGUUGCUGGCUGGGCCAGUGGUGUCGAUUACACGACUUGGGUCACUGGAAAGACUUUCCGGGUCGGUGACACUCUAGAGUUCAAGUACGGUCCUUCGCACUCGGUGUCCGUGGUGAAUAAAGCUGGCUUCGAUGGCUGCGACAGUAGCCGAGCGACGCAGAGUUUCUCCGGAGGAGACACUAAGAUCGAUCUUACAACAGUUGGAACUAUACACUUCAUUUGCCCUACUCCUGGUCACUGCCUCGGUGGCAUGAAACUCGCCGUUCCUGUCCUUGCCGCCGCUCCAUCUCCGGCCACUCCUUCACCAAAAUCUCCACCGCUUGCCCCUCGCUCUCCGCGUAAACCUAAAACUCAACCUCCAUCGGCUUCUCCACCGGCCAAUGGCUCACCGUCAGAGUCCCCCGCCCCUUCGCCAUUCUCGAUGUCUACAACGACGUCCCCGUCACCGUCAAACGCAGCGUUGAAGGGAGUUAUGGUGAGCUAUGGAGUGAUGGGCCUCACCAUGUUAUUGAUGUAUUGUGCUAUGAACUAA